UCAGAUUAACAGCUGUGAUAGGAUGAUUUGUGAAAUGAGUGACAAACUAAGAGCCAACCUUAGAGAGGUAUACAAAAUAUCCUAUCCAUGGGAAGGAAUGGGAAACGCUUGCCAUCCAACCGGCAAAAGAGUAAAAUGAUUUCGUUAUUUUUUCGCUUUUUUUCCAGUUUUUUAAAAGCCAAGACGAUACAUGUAACAAGCUGAUAGAUGAAAUGAGCGACGCUCUUCGAGUGAGCUUAUGGGAGGAGGUAUAAAAGUAAAAUAGUUAUGUCGAUAAUUGACUGAUUUGCAGUGAAGAUCGGAUCCCUUAUCAGUCAUUUAGGCUAUUUUCACACUGAACCGGAAAGCUUUUGCUCUGGCACAAAAACCAUACCGGAUAGGGCUUCUGUUGAAACAGUAAAAACGAUGAUCCCGGCGCGAUUUUUGUAACGGAGCCGCCGAGUCGUUCUCUAAAGUGGAGGGUCACCGGCAUAUCAGAUAGGUGUUCAUAUAUAUUAGGGACUUUAAGACACCACGCCGGCGAUGGUCACGAAAACGUCCCUUAAAAAAGUGAAUUUGCAUUCUUUCAAUCUCUAUCGCGAUAACUCCAACUCGUUAACUUUGUCAAACCCAAGCGAGCUCGUUUUGAGCCGAAUUGCUAAGAACCAUAUUCAAAUUCAGAAAGAGAAAGAAAAAAUUUAGCUGUCGCUUAUUUACGUCCUCCAUAAAACGUGAAAAUAGGAAUUUUCCCGUUUUAAAAUGUUGCAGUGACGGCAAAAAAGAUGCACAGAAAAAGCCUGAUGUAUGUGCAGAGCUUUUGUUUUGCCUAUUCAACCUGUUGCUUUUUGACGUUCUCGUUGUAGAUUGUAGUCGUCGUCGUGGCAUCUUAAAGGGGAAUGUUGGCCAUAUCACAAUUGUAUCGGAUUUACAAAGAAAAGCAAAGAAAAAGACAAACAAAGUAUCCAAAGAUUUUAACUCCGGUAUUUAUUUCGGGAUCUUCAUCUCGAAAGUCUUCUUUUCGUUUUGCGCCGGGACAAAGAACAGGCAGUGGGUCUAUUCAGUACUAUUUUAUUAAAAUCUCUAUCGCGACAACUCCAACUCGUUUACUUUGUCAAAUCCAAGCGAGCUUUUUUGAGCCGAAUUGCUAAGGACCAUAUUCAAAUUCAGAAAGAGAAAGAAAAAAUUUAGCUGUCACUUAUUUACGUCCUCCAUAAAACGUGAAAUUCGGAAUUUUCCCGUCGUAGUCGUGCAGUGACGGCAAAGAAAUGUAAAAAAAAAAGCGUGAUGCACGUGCAGAGUUGUUGUUUUGCCUAUUUAACCUGUUGCUUUUUGACGUUCUCGUUGUAGAUUGUAGUCGUCGUCGCGGCAUCUUAAAGAGCUUACAACCGAUAUAGAAUGUUCCUUAAUGUUUCUUUUCGUUUCUUUUUCUGUUUGUUUCAUAGGUUUCCAAAGUGGAGGCCAAAAUUAAAGCCCUAGAAAUAGAGCUUUCAGAAGAAAGGCAAAUGCGCCAGGACAAAGAACAAAAAGUGGGUCAACUCAGUACUGUUUUAUACUAGUCAUACAAGAUGCUUCUUCAACCGUGAGCGAACAAGGAUGAAUGAUCGGACUUAUAGAAAUGACCUCACCAUCAUUCAUUCUUACGCCGACGAUAGCAUAGAGCCUUACUAACUAUAAGCCAGUAAGCUAAGAUGAAAAGGGUGUUAGUUCGAGACUGGCAGUCUUCCGUAUGUUUUACUUCGUUGCUUCUUGGUCUUGCAGGUUUCACAGCUGAUCACUAGAAUUGAGGGAUUAGAAGAGGAGCUUUCAAUUCCCAAGCAAAAAGGCCAUGAUGAGAUAAACGAACAACAGGUGAGUCAAAACAGUUCUAAAAAACAGCUGCGCGAAACGCUGCUGCACUUUUCAAGUAAAACGAACUAUGAAAAAUGUUUUUGAGUACUGUUUGUGCUAAAAGCUUUAAUAAGCUCUUGAUGCGCUCAUUUCAGGUAAAUCGGACCUAAAGAAACCACUUAUAAUAAACGGUGAAUAGCAAUAGAAUCCUCAUUGCCCUUUUGCAUGGAACUUAAUUAACCCUCGGACGUACACACAAAUUAAUACCCCCACCGUGGUACAAGGGAGGAGGGGUUGAUGGAACCCCUCCCCGGAGUUUUUGAUAUGUUGAAGUAUUUCGAAACGAUAUUACCUUCAGUGGAAAGCCUUUGAUCUUCUCUACAAGAUGAGAUAUAUUUUAUGGGUGGUAGUCAACUUGGAUUUUACCAAGAACUAGAAAUCAGGUUAAAACCGCGAGAAAUAAUAAGUUUUUGUGCUUUACAUGAAAUAUAACACAUAAAUAAGCACUUUGCAUGGUUUUAGCCACAAGAUUUAAUUUUAUUGUUGAAAGAAGUAAAACAAAAGAUGUAUUUUUAACCAGAAAUGGCUUGACCACCGGCUACUUAUGACGUCAUAUCUCGUAACCAUAGCAACUGAUCGUCCCUAAACUUGUCUCAAAAUUUGUGCGAGGGAUGAAAAAACAGCUACUGAAAACUUCAGCCGCCGAUAUAUUUAUCCCCUAGGAAGAAACUCAGAAAAUCCUUAGGGGGUGGCAUCCACCCCCUUUUCCCCUCCCUGUACGUCAGAGGGUUAAGAUAUUUACAAAAUCACAAAAAGGUAACUUAUUUUUUUCUUUCUUUUUCCACAUAUCUAGCAAUUAAGUUUGAAGUUAAAAGAAAUGUGAUAUAGAUUUUCUGAAUAUCCGGGUAGCGCGUACAGAGCCGCCAAAAUCGGCAAGUAACAACACAAGUUUAUUCGUCCAGCAUUUUAGCCGAAUUGUCACACAUUUCCGGCUUUUUAUAAUCACUGCAGGAAGGUGACCUAGCGACGGAUACAGAUCAAUUAGCUAGAGAUCGAGAGCAUUGCAUUGAUGUUCGAUUAAAAAACAUCAACGAACAGCUUCGCAUAUACGUUACAUCCCCUCUUCAAGUACAAGAAGUAAAACAAGAUCAACUAAAAACAGCAGUUAAACUUGAUCUACUGACACAUCUUGGCAAGCGGUUACAAGAGUUUUAUACGGAGGCUUUGAGAAUGGUUAGAGAGGCCUGUAAAUGUAGCGAAGACUUAAGGAAAGACUUCUAUGACCUUGUCUACCAUGGGCUCAGGGUCGAACACUAUGAGCUGGUCCACAGAGUCAAGGAUCUGGAAUCGUCCCAGGAGGAAAUGUCUGAGGAGGAAAAGAAGAAAUUUGACAAGCUGCAAUUUUAUCAGAGAGGCCGACAAAGCCAAGUAGACCAAUUGGACAAACUGUGGAGUUCUCUCUUUACCCCGGUAUGUAUCUGUGUUAACUAACGUUCCAAGUUAACGGUUUGACUUUAACUUUAUUUUAGUCAGCAUGUAUACUGUUAGGUACUGUUCAAUUAAAAUAAGGAAAGAACAAGACCGGUAGGCGGACACAUGAACGCCAUAUCAGUCUACCAUUUGGCACGGCGAAGGUGCAGUUACUUGGAUGCGUAGUAACUAAGCUAGGAGACACCUCUUUUGAUUUGGUAUAGUAGCGCUCUGCGCAUGGGCAGAGGGUAAAACCUCUGACAAAAGUUAAAAUUUAUUCGUCAUUUCCGUGUUAAUAGAGCGAAAAUAUUGUUCAGUCAAAUUUUUUAGCCGGUCGAAAAUUCAGCGUCCAGUGCCGUGUGAAGGUAACCUUAAUGUUUUCCCCGAUUUCCAGGUAAUUUACUAAAACAACUCACAAAGCUGCGUCUCGUCGUUUUGCAAUUCACUUUUCGGUGUCGGGAUAUGGGAUGAAACCGCCCGCGUCUCAUGUUUUUCAAGUUAUAUCCAUCUCGGCAAAACUGGGAUUGCGUAGGAGUCUUUCCUAGAUCGAAUAAUUAAUAUAAUAUAUAGUAUCCUAGGUAUUACAACUUAAUUUAGCCUUGAAAUAACCCUAACUACUCCUUUAACUUCCAGCCUGGUCGCCGCCAGAAGACCGCAAUGUCAGCGGAUUCGAUGGGUCAGAACAAACCGAGAGACAGUAAAAAGGUAGAUAAAGAUUAUUUAUAAUGGAAUUUAUAUAGCGCUUAUACAUCGCUGUUCUAACAAAAGAAAAAAUUAUUGUUUUCUUUUCUUGAUGAUCAGUGUCCUUUGCGUUAAUCCUUCAUUUGCAGAAUCCUCCCAUGACAAAUUCAGUCGAAUUCAAUUAUUCAUUCGUUCCCUUUUUCAUUCAUCUCCUCAUCCAUCUAUCCAUCCAUCCAUCUAUCCAUCCAUCCAUCCAUCCAUCCAUCUAUCCAUCUACUCCUUCCUUCCUUCAUUUCCUCUUUCAUAGUAGAGGAAAGGCUUUGUUUAGUUUGCAAAUGUAACUGUAUAGAAGACGAAAAACAGUAAUAGAAGACUUCUUUAUGUAUUGUAUACUAUAAUAUCGUAUAAUUCAGUUUCUGUUAAUGUUUAGAUAAUUUGUUGUAGUAGUGAAUUGACCUUUACUGUAACUAGACCAAUACCUCCCUUUUGAGAGUAAGGCGCAAUGAAAAUAUACAACCCGUACUAUACUGCUGUACUACUAUUCGUGCAUUUAUUCAUUCAUUUAAGCAAUCAAUCAUUCUGCUUUCAUUAAUUUGAUUAGCCUGGUAACCCAAAGAUAUCACCGGCUCUCAAUAAGAAUUUGCAAUUGUGAUUACCCCUGGAUACUAAGUAGAGAAAAAAAAAGGAUAUAGAAAAAUAUUGUUGUUUUUCCCUUGAGUCCCUGACGUGAAAACGAAUCCACACUUUUUAAUGUCUGAAGAAUGAUUUUGUAUACUUUCGCUACAGGUCACGAGAUACACUGACCCUGGCGACAUAUGGAGAAAACUUAAGCUGCGUGGAGAGGACACAAGACCUACAGCACCCUCAACUUCCAGCUAUGGCCAACCAGAAGAAGAGUCACGUUUGAAUGUAAGUAUUUCCUCAUCUUUUUCCAUUUUUCAGUACGUACCUCACUCUUUCCCCCGUCACGUAAGGCGCAUUUGAUCAUAUUUACACGCUAAUUUGCGCCAAAAGAGAAAUAAAUUAUUAUUAAUUACUAUUAUUAUCAUUGACAGACCCCGGCUUCCUUUUAUAAUCUAUUUUGAGGCCAUAGUUUCCUAAAUAUAUGGUGCCUCCUUUUGAUGUUGCUCAAUGUUUUUGCACAUCAUGAAUAUCUGCGAGAUUUAGUUUUCUAAUGACGGUCAGUUUCCUUAUACUUGUAUUUUACGUCUCCUUUCCAAAUUGCUGCACUAAGAAGAGAAGUAUCGAUGAUUAGUCAACAACUUGUGUUCAAGCCCAUCGCCCAGAAUUCCGCGACAUAUCUCGGAACAUUGCAAGUUACAGUCUUCCAACUCUACACAGUUCUACAUGCGAGGCUUGCGAGUCAGGCCUUUUAAAAUAAUAAUAUUCAUUGAUAAUUAAAACUUUCAAAAUCGUUAGGCUGACACUUACAAUGUAUCAACCAAUUUCGUUCAUCGGUCUCGUCAACGGUCUUCAUCGUUUGUUUUUUCCCUCACAAGUUAUGAGUCGUGAUCUUACCAGUUUUCAUUCCAUCAGCUCAGUUUUGCCCUGCCUGCAAAUGAGGUUCACUUUCUAUCAGCACAUCAUUUUACACUAACGCACAAUACGUCAUGUGAACUGCUUUAACAUCGACGAUGUUCAGUCACUGAACGUCGUCACUAUGGUGGUUUCUUGGCUUACCUUUGCCAUUUGAUGCUUAUGUGUUGGUCUCCUAACUACGAGUGAAAGACAAGUUCAUUGCAUAUAUAUCGGGGGUGGGGGGGAGUGGUUAACGACGUACUUUUUACUUAUACCACUUAUAAUAUCACCAAACGGUUUUUUUCACCUGCUAUGGUGAAAAAAUCACUUCUUGUUUUUUGUGUCAAAUAUUGCUCUCGGACUUUUGGAAUUUCUAUACCAAACCUAUAAUAUUAAUGUCUUGAUAUUAUCUUUCGGCCCAAAUAUCUGAGGCGGCGCAGUUACCACCAGUUUUUUGUAAGUUUCAAUAACCAUGUUCAGAUCACCUUUCCUGCGUAGUCAAUUCAAGAACUGUGCAAAAUAGCUGUGAGAAAUCCCUUGACUUUUCACAAAGCAAUUAUCUCUAAUCUAAUAGGAGAUAAAAGUUAACUGGAUGCUAUUAUAAAACUGACUGAAUGUUUUUUUGUUUUUUUUUUAGCUGAGGAAAAUGAAUUCAACCGUCGGAUCAGUCAUUCAAACCAUUUCCAAAAAGAAGGAAGGUGGCGAGAAACCGAUGCGGGAUUGCUAA